AUGCCGGUGGGGAGCGCAGUGCCGUUCAUGAGGCCGCUCCCUGCGCGCUCUCCGGGGCCGCAGGGCCGCAGACACACGCUGCCGGCCAGCGAGUUCCGCUCCCUGAGCCCGGAGGACGCCAUCAGCGUGUUCGAGAUCGAGAGAGAAGCCUUCAUCUCUGUCUCCGGUGAGUGUCCUCUUCACCUGGACGAGGUGCGUCACUUCCUCACCCUGUGCCCUGAGCUGUCUCUUGGCUGGUUCGAGGAGGGACGUCUGGUGGCUUUCAUCAUCGGCUCACUGUGGGACCAGGACAGGCUUACCACGGAUGCCCUCACUCUCCAUAAGCCUCACGGGACCACCGUCCACAUCCACGUCCUGGCCGUCCACCGGACCUUCCGCCAGCAGGGCAAAGGCUCCAUCCUGAUGUGGCGCUACCUGCAGUACCUCCGCUGCCUGCCCUACGUCCGCCGCGCAGUGCUCAUGUGCGAGGACUUCCUGGUUCCCUUCUACCGGAAGUCGGGUUUCAAGGUGCAGGGCCCCAGCCAGAUCACAGUGGGGCCCCUCGCCUUCAUCGAGAUGCUGUACCCGGUCCGGGGCCACGCCUUCAUGCGUCGGAACAGCGGCGUUUGAGGACAGAGGGACUAUGUCCCUGGCUUUCAGCGGGGACGGGACGCCUCCCCUUCUUGGAAACAGAAUGAGAGGGCGUGUGAGCAGCUCUGUGGAACGCCAGCCACCAGCGCAGUGUUUGUGAGCAUCACUGUGGGAGAGACCCGGUCAGCGGGGGGGGGCGAGGACAGCGUUCUGACUGCGAGUCUGCAGACGGCCCAGAACAAAGAGCCGCCAUCCAGCUGUCAGCAACAGCUGCUUGGAAAAGUGGUCGGAAACUACAAAUAUAUUGAUCUGUAGUUUAAAAGCAAAUCAUUAGAGCCAAGUACUGAAAGAAUGUAAGCACUUAUUUCAAAUCAACUUUUGUAUAAAACUGAUUUUUAAAACAUUACUGUAUUCGAUAGAACGCAGCUGCCUUCUUUCUUUUUUAGCCAAUCUAACAUUGUGUCUGGCUCUCUAUGAAGCUGAUUUGUUAGUCAGAGUCACAGUCUUGUCUGACUUGUUUAGUUUUGUAUAAACAGUUUGCCUUAGAAGAUUACUGUUAAUGUGACACUUUGUUUAACUAUGAUGACGGUACGACUAUAAAGUAAUAUGCCAAAGUAAACAGCUAACCUUUAAGGACUGUGGAAUAAAAACACAAAGUGAGGGGAAAUCAGCAAUCAAACAUCAGAUAAUAAUUUAAUGUGUUAACAUGAACAUGCAUAUCUGUUGUUUCAUAUUAAGAUUUGAGUUGACCCGUCUGUCUCAAUCAGUGAUUGUUGUGUGAACACAGAAAAUCACAGAUGUAUAUUUAGUACGUCAGUAUGUUUCCUAAAUAUAUGGGGUUUCGAAAUGUCUCUUCUCACCCUUCACCUUGUAGAAAAUCACCACCUCUGCCUCCCAAAGUCUUGAAUCAAGACAAAUACGUUGUUUUUCUUACAGCGUUUGUUCUUCAAAUAAUUAAAGUUAGAUUUUCUAGCACGUCCGCUUUGAGGUCUAUCAUUCAUUUUAACAGUUCUGGAGCUUUCGAUGACAUCGCAGGAUUUUUAAUAGUUGUGUUCCAGGAAUUUUUGAUAUUGCUAAAUGUACUUUAGAUCCAUGAAAAUAUAAUUUGCAGUUAUUCUCACUUUGAUGUAAAAAAAAUAAAAA